AUCAUUAGCUCAUCUGAUCAAACUGCCCUUGUACAUAAUAUUACUAUCUUUCUCCCAAAUUAUAGAUUGUUGCUAUGUCUGAUUCACCACCAUUAUCUGCACGUUCAUAUAAUUCCGUGCUUGAUUUCAAGCAAACUCCGCCAAGCACUCCAUUAACUACUGGUGGAUGGAUAGUCCAAAAAUUUGGAGGUACUUCAGUCGGGAAAUUUCCUGAAAAUAUAGUCGAUGAUAUCGUCAAGGUAUUUUCGGAGAAUAAUCGAGUUAUUGUUGUUUGUUCAGCAAGAUCUUCCCAUACUAAGCUGGAAGGUACCACAUCUCGAUUGUUGCGUACGGCUGAUUUGGCAUCUUCCAAAGGUGAUUUCCUCAGCUUGCUUCAAGUCAUUGAAGAUGACCACGUUGACAAUGCCAAGAACAAGAUUGAACUGGAAGAAAUAAGACAAAAGUUGAUUGAAGACACUAAAACUGAAUUGAACCAUAUUAAGGAAUUAUUACAUGCUUGUCAAGUCAUUGGUGAAAUAAGCCCAAGAUCAUUGGACACCAUCAUGGGUGUUGGUGAAAAACUCUCCUGUCUUUUUAUAGCGGCCUUAAUGAAGGACCACGGGUUGAAUUCGGUGUAUAUGGAUUUAUCCGAUCUCAUUCCCUUGGAUUAUGACUUCAAUAAUGGGUUCGAUGAUACAUUUUACAAGUUCCUUUCUCUGGAAUUAGGAAGACGUGUUGCUGAACUCGAAGAUGACGAUGCUAUCCCUGUUAUGACUGGUUAUUUCGGGGUUGUCCCAGGUGGGUUAUUGAAUGGGGUUGGAAGAGGAUAUACCGAUUUGUGUGCCGCCUUAGCAGCUGUUGGCGUACAAGCUGACGAAUUGCAAAUUUGGAAAGAAGUUGAUGGUAUUUUCACUGCCGAUCCACGAAAAGUGCCCAAUGCUAGAAGAUUAGACAGUGUCACCCCAGAAGAAGCAGCCGAAUUGACCUACUAUGGUUCCGAAGUUAUUCACCCAUUCACCAUGGAGCAAGUUAUCAAGGCCAAGAUUCCUAUCAGAAUCAAGAAUGUUGAAAAUCCAACCGGGAAAGGUACCAUUAUCUUCCCUGACAAUAUCGGAAGACGUGGAGAAGCAACCCCACCACAUCCUCCAGCAGCAUACGAAACUUUACCAAGCAGUUAUAUCUCCAGUCAUAAGAAGAGAUCAGCUACUGCCAUCACCGCUAAACAAAACAUUGUCGUUAUAAAUAUCCAUUCCAACAAAAAGACCUUAGCCCAUGGAUUCUUGGCCAAGAUUUUCACCACUUUGGACAAGCAUAAGUUAGUGGUUGAUUUAAUUUCCACCUCAGAAGUUCACGUUUCUAUGGCGUUAUCCAUCCAAGCUGAACAAGAAUUACAGUUGAAACAUUCCUUGCAAGAGUUGAAAACUAUGGGAACGGUUGAUAUCACUAGAGAAAUGACUAUCGUUUCCUUAGUUGGCAAACAAAUGGUUAAUUUCAUCGGUAUUGCUGGUAAUAUGUUCAAGAUCUUGGCCGAUGAAAAAAUCAAUAUUGAAAUGAUCAGUCAAGGUGCUAAUGAAAUUAACAUCUCUGCCGUCAUUAACGAAAAAGACACCAUAAGAGCAUUACAAUCUAUUCAUGCGAAGUUGUUAGAAGACAAUUACGAAGAUACAGCUGCAAGUGCUAUAGAUUUGAGAUUACAAUUCUUAAAGACGCAGCAAUAGUCAUAUAUUAUAGUAUAAAUAAAAAAUAAACAAAAAAAAACAAUACAAACAGAUUAAAUAUCAAAGUCUCCCGAUUCUCUAGAUUCCGUACCAGUUUGUUUAGAGCUAUCUUCAAUAAUCUGUUCGAAAUCUUCCACCAUCAGACCAAGUAAUUCAUUGGCCAAUUUAUGAUAAGCUAAUUGAGCCUUGAUCAACUCCAAGAAUUCAUGCAAAGGUUUAGCAUUUUCCAAUACAUUUUGCAUGAUAUUAAUGGCAUCUUCUACGGUAUUGGCGAAUUCAUCUUCAGCAUUUUCCAUAUCGACACGUAAUUGAGAUUCCUUGUUUGGAUUAGUACAGUUAGUCAAAGCCUUUCUGGCCAAAUCAUAGUCAAUUCUCUUUUGUUCAACCUUCUUUUGAAUUUGGUUGGAUUGACCAAUCAAUGAUCUUAAAGUAGUAGUCAAUGGUUUAUUAAACUUGGUUCUGAUCAACUGAUCUUGGCCUAAUCUUGCGUUGGCAAUCUUGUUCAAAUUAGUCGAGUAUAAAGUUAAUCCUUUAACUAGUGGGUCAUUGAUAUCUUGAUGUUGGUUAUCUGCACCACUCAAAACUGCAGGGUCAGUGGCUCUACUUAUAGCAUGGUACAAGGUCUUUGGAGGUCUGGUAAGAUCUUGUUUAGGAUGAAUCAACGCAGCUUGUGCUUCAGCAGGGGAAGUGGCCUUGGACAAAGAUGAGACUCGGCUGGUUAUGUCUUUACCAAAUUCGGUAAACAGUUCUUGUAAGUUGGAAGGAUAGUCAUAAGGUUCAUUGUCAUAGGUGGAGGUAACCUUAAGAACAUUCUUGUAGAGCUGUUCAAUCAGGUUACAUUUCCUGGCGAUUUCAAUAUAUUCACUUGGCAAUUGACUGAUUUCAUCAGCAUUGACAUUCCCAAUCUUUUCUUGAACCAUACGUGUGGUUCUUUGGGCCAAGGGGACAACUUCCUUGUUGAAUUCAGUAGAAAUUUUGUCUCCAAGUGACUUCAAGUCCUUGGUGAAGUUGGAGAAGUUGAAUGACAUGUUUUAUGGUACUGAUUGAUUUGGUUAUCUAGUAAAAUUUGCGUAUAAGAAUACAACUACCACUUGCCCCUU